AGUACCACAGUUCACAUUGAUUUUCUUUAGAAAUUACUUCGACCUCAAACCCGUAGGCAGUUCCAGGUAGCUUUACUCUUUCAGGCGCAGAGUAAAUUCCCAUGUUCUAGUUUGUAUGCCUACACCGUAGUGGCCCGAUCUCCUGAUUAUUCGAAGUAGAAAUGAACCUACUAGUUUGCGCUGUUCCUACCUUUAAUGUUCAAGUAAGCCGCUUCGGCGUCUAGACUCGCGUCAGUGGCACAGCCUGUCAUGGCACAGCGGUAGCUACGCUCUUCCCUCAGCCCCGCACAACAACGAAUUGCUGUAAAGUUUUUUUUCAGUCAAAGUGCAGCGUCUCAAGCAACCACAAGUCCGCUAUACAACGUUCCGUGGUUGCCGUCCAUCAUGUGCACGAUUGAGAAGCUGGCGAUUCAGGGGAUUCGGUCCUUCCACUUUGAUGAGCAGCAGAAGAUCGGGUUCGACCGGCCCGUCACACUCAUCGUGGGCCAGAAUGGGUGCGGGAAGACCACCAUCAUCGAGUGCCUCAAAAUGGCCUCCUGCGGCGCACUGCCGCCCAACGUCGGUUCCGGGAGCGCGUUUAUCCACGAUCCGAAGUGGGCCCGCUUGCAGGAGGUGAAGGGACAGAUCAAAAUGAUGUUUUCCCGGGGCCAGAAAGACACGCCCGAAGAGCGGCAGCUGCUCUGCACCAGGAGCUUUCACUCCAUCGGGGGCGGUGGUACAAUCAUCUAUAGGAAAAGAUGUUUAAUAAGUACGAAGCACACAAGUGUACUACACUCGUGCCAUCACAAAGUUUUCACGCUGUUUUCAUCGAUGCUGCCCUGUCGACUUUACGACGUGCAGUGUUUCUAAUGAUAUCCAGGGACAAAUGUGCCUCCUCAACUCUCGAUAUAAUUUCUAGCCUUGAAGAUUCAAGGCCGAGUUGCAAUUUUUUAUCCAUUCCAGGCACCAAAAAGGCGUCCUACAAGGCGAUGGACUGCACACUGCAGUUUUGUAAGGGCGGCACGGCCGAAGAGCGAACCCGUGUCGGCAUGAAGCAGGGAACCAACUCGCACACCACACGGGUAUCCGAAAUGGACCAGUUGGUGCCGCAGUUUAUGGGCGUCGAAAAAGCCAUCCUGGAAAACGUGAUCUUUUGCCACCAGGAAGAAAGCAACUGGCCGCUAAUGGAACAGAAGGCAUUUGAUAAUAAUGAGUUUUUCAAUACGAAGAUGAAACACGCGAUGUAUCAACCGUUUUCCCUUCGACAGACAGUGAAUCAGUCACAAAAGAAAUACUUAACGUAAAUUUAAAUUAUCCCUAUGUACAACACUACUGAAAAUGAAAAUCUCGCUUCUCUCUGACUUCUCAGACGCUGAAGAAGAAGUUCGACGACAUUUUCGGGUCCACGCGGUACACGCGUGCGCUGCAGAACAUCACCCAAGUUCGUCAAGAGCUGUCGAAGAAGGCCACCCUGCAGAAGGGGCAGGUGCAGCUGCUGGGGAGCCACCAGCAGGAGGCGCACCGGUUGAAGGCUAAAAUCGACCAGCUGCAGGCGGACCGAAACCGGUUUGAGGUCGAGCACCUGCACAAGGUCACCAAGGCGCUGAAGCAGUUCCAGCACGAGAAGCAGAAGCGGGAGAUGGUGCUGCACAAGUUUUCCGCGAAGAAGCAGGAAAUCGAGAAGCUGCACGUGCUUGUAGUGCGCACGAGCGAGCAGGUGGCCGUCUGCCAGAAGGAGUGCUAUUACAAUGAAAAAUGCCCCCACCCCCGAACUUCAGAGCAUUUGUAUUGCAAACUUUUCCAAAUGAAACAUUCGCCCUCUUGCAUGUAUCAGCAUCACAGAUUUCCGAUCGUGAAUAGUAAAAAUAAUUUGUAUUGCAAAAGAUCCCAGCAAGAGCGGUGCUUGUCAUGCAAGCGAUGCGAAACACGCCUAGACUCUACAUCAGAAAGAUUCAUAGUCCUUUCAUGCAUGACAAAAAGUUUUCAUUUGGAAACUUCGCAUCACAAAUGCUUGCAACUUUGGGGGUGAGAGCAUUUUUCACUGUAAUAAGUGCGAGCAGAUCUUCGUGGAGCCGGAGGGGCGCACGACGUAUCCUGAGUAAAAAUGUCCCCACACCAGAGUUGUCAUGCAGAUCUGCAUGCUAAAAAAGUUUCUCAUGCGGAGCCCCAUAAGAACCAUUUUCCUAUCCUGUUUUGGAAUUUGUAAUGCUAGAAUCAGCAUGAUAUGCUAGAUCUGUGAUGCUUCGGAACUAGCUAAAGAGGAUUACACUACGAGGAUAAAUUUGUCAUGCGAAACAACCAGAGGUGGCGGUUUUGCCUAGCGGAUUCCCCAUCUUGACUCUGGGGUGGGGACGUUUUUGCUCAGGAUACGACGCGGGAGAUCGUCACGGACCUGGAGGAAGAAAGCAAAGACUUGUAUCAACUGUAAAAAUGUCUGGGUCUGGAAGAAUCCAACUUGUCAUGCAGAUUUUGGAUUCUAAAAAAAAAUCUGUAUUGCAUGAGCAGCAAAGAGAGUCCAAGUUUUGCUACACGGAGAGAGCAUUUGUCAUGCGGUAUAGGCAUCAGGAAGCCCUCACAAAAUCUGUGAUGCUAGGACAGGCAUCACAGACAUCAGGAGUCAUGCAAAAUGUGCAUGACAAACCUGGCAAUCUUCCAGACCCAGACAUUUUUACAUUUGAUAACUUGACAGACACGACCAUCCCCGAGCUGGGGAAGAAAAAGGAAAAGCUCGACCAGGAGGAACACUUGGCAAACCAGGAGUUUCAGCAGGUUCAGCAAACGGUGAAGCAGCUCCGCUCGGAGAUCGGCGAGGUCGCCGCCGCGGGCGAUUUGCUGAAAACCCGAAACGAGCGGCGCGAGGAGCUGUGGCGCGGAGAGAUUUUGACGACUGUUGGGAAGGACAGCGAACAGAAUUUGGCCGCCAUGCUCGGGAGCCAGCCGCAAGCGUCGCAACUGAUGUCGCAGGUCGGUGCUAGCUUGGUGCAAAGUUGCUCGCUCAAAGCCGUUUUGGAGGGGGAGUUGGACCAAAAGAUGAAACAAGUUCUGCAGCGACAGGUGUACAACACUGUUACUUCUACACCAUCUGCAGGAGCCUCCUCCUCCUCCUCCUCCGCGGGGGUGCAGAACAAGAACCAGCAAACCCUCGUGCAACUACAGCACCACGACGGGGAGACGAUGCGCGCGCUGCAGCAGCUGUGCCUGAAGCACGGCGCGAAGUUGCAGCAGCUGCAGAAGGGGCAGGCGGCGGAACUGGAGCAAAAAAGACAGAACGUGCAGGGGAUCGGCAAGAAAGCGCAGGAUGCGCGGAUCCAGUGCGAGUCGCAACGCGCGCGGGAGCGCGAGCUGCAGCAGCGGAAGGCGCAGCUGUUUCAGGAACAGCAGAAUUACCAAAAAGUGCAGCGCGAGUACGAGCAGGUGCAGAGCGAAUUGCAGAAGGUGCAGCAGCAGACCCAGACCGCGGGGGCGGAAACGCAAACGCGGAAAAACGAGCUGGAGAGGGAAGUCGCGAAAUUGAGGAAGGAGAAGCACGACCUGCAAUUUUCGUUUCAGGAGAAACAGGACCGGAUCCAGGUUUUGGAGGAGCAAUCAAAGCUGUUGAUGGAGGUGGAGUUCCUGCAAAACGCGAAGCAGGAGAAACUGAAAGAGCUGGACGAGAAGAAGGUGCAGGUAAAGACCGUCAUUGCGGGCCUCGCGCCCGGAAGUUGGUUCGGACACGAGGCGAGAAGCAGCAUCGAGGGACUGCUGUCUACAACUGGAUCGGCUGCCGGAGGGGUGACCAAUAGCCAUGUGGGAGGCUUCUCGACAUCCAGCAAUAAUUUCUCCACGAACAACUUCAGCAGUAGUUCCGGCACGUCGUUCGGAUUACCAGCCGGAGCUGCUUCGUCCUGCUUUCCCGCAAUCGCGGAGCAGUGCCUGCAGCAAGCGCAGAAAAUCGAGCAGCACGGGAACCAAAUGCUCGCGACUUUGAGAGGCCAAACGGACGCGAAGCAAAAGGAGCACCACAAGGGGAUCUCGGAAAAAACCUACAGCGACAAGGAGGUCGAGAGACUGGGAAGCGGCGCAGCCAGGCUGAGGCAAGAGCUCAGCGCGUUCACCGAUCUGGCCGAUUUUGAGCAGAAGCUGGCCGACGUAAAAGAACGCCUCGAAGGCCAAAGGAGCAACUUCGCGUUGAUCGAGAAUGGUGCUAAGUUGUACAACGCGAUGGAAGAGAGAUCCCUGAAAAAGGAUUGCUGCGAUAUCCCGUUGAGCAACGUUCUCUCGAUGCCAUAUUGAUUCGUCAUGCAAAUUUUGCUCGCGAGGCUUUAGUGCUUCGCUCACGCGUUUUGCUUAAGUAGUUUUUCGCUGCUCAAGUAGUACUUCGCAGAAGGGCCUCGCUUAACUGUUUCGGAGUGGCUCCGAGCUCAAGUAGCCCCUCGUCUAAGCCGUGCGUCGCUUUAGGUAGUGCUGAAAUAGUACCGCACCUCAGGUGGAGAAGGUAGUGCCUCGCUGAAGUAAGUAGUGCUUCGCCUAUGCAGUGCGUCGCGCAGGUAGUGCUUCGCUUAAGUAGUGCCUCGCUUCUUAAGUAGUGCCUCGCUCAAGUAUUGCCUGGCUUAAGUAGUGCCUGGCUUAAGUAGUGCCUCGCGCAAGUAGGGCCUGGCUUAAGUAGUGCCUGGCUUAAGUAGUGCCUGGCUUAAGUAGUGCCUGUAUUGAGUAGUGCCUCGCUUAAGUACUGCCUCGCUUAAGUAGUGCCUGGCUUAAAUAGUGCCUGGAUUGAGUACUGCCUCGCUUAAGUAGUGCCUCGCUUAAGUAGUGCUGCGCUUAAGUAGUGCCUGGCUUAAGUAGUGCCUAGCUUAAGUAGUGCCUGGAUUGGGUAGUGCCUCGCAUAAGUAGUGCGUCGCAUUAGUAGUGCCUCGCGUAAUUAGUGCCUCGCACAGGUAGUGCCUCGCUUAGGGGCAGCGCCUCGCUUAACUGGUGCCUCGCUUAAGUAGUGCCCCGCUUAAGUAGUGCCCCGCUCAAGUAGUGACCCGCUUAAGUAGUGCCCCGUUUAAAUAGUGCUUUAAGUGCAGCGCUUCGCCUAAGUGCUUCGCUUAAGUGCUUCGCUUAAGUGCUUCGCCUAAGUGCUUCGCCUAAGUGCUUCGCCUAAGUGCUUCGCCUAAGUGCUUCGCUCAAGUGCUUCGCUGAAGUGCUUCGCUCAAGUGCUUCGCUGAAGUGCUUCGCUUAACUGCUUCGCUGAAGUGCUUCGCUUAAGUGCUUCGCUGAAGUGCUUCGCUUAACUGCUUCGCUUAAGUGCUUCGCUUAAGUGGUGAAGUCCCUCGCUUAAUAAAGACUGCUUCGCGCGGAAGCCCCAUCUGGAUUUUUAUUCCCCCGUGAGGGCGUUGUUACGCAGGAUACGCGAGAUGUGCAAGCGACCCUUUGCCAACGAGGCGGAAAGGCAAGCCCUGGUAGCGCAGGUAGCGAAGCUGCGACAGAUGAUCGAAAAGAAGUGCGGAGCGGAAUCAGGAGCCAAAGUGAAGGAGUUGGAAGCGGAGCUCGCGGCGAUGGAAAAUUUGAAACCGAAGUUCGCGGAACUGCAGGAGUGCCAGCAGAAACUUGGCGCCGAGCAGGAGAACAACACGGCGAAGCAAAAACUCGUGCAGGAGAAGCAGUUCGACAUCACGAAUUUGCAGGCGGAAUUCGCGAAGCUGGUGGAGGAACAAAACUCGUUCAAGCCGGUUAUUGUGCAUUUUCAGCAACUGCUGCGCAUGGAGGAAGAGCUGCGGGACGCGGAGCGGAACCUGCGCGACAAGGAGAUGUCGAUCAGCAACCCCGCCGCGCUACUCGGGCAAACAAGUGCGGGAACGUCGCAAACGGCCGGAAAGAACGAGCUGACGCGAGAGCGGGAGGAGCUCUCCGCCCUGUUCGAGCAGUCGAACCAGCUGGAGCGGACGCUGGACCAGAAGCAGCAGCAGCUGAACCAGCUGAACGAAGAGGAGCAGCGGCGGCGGCAGCGGCUCACAGAAUUGCAGUCCAGGUUUCAGCUGCUGCAGGAGAAGAUGACGCGGAAAGAGGAGCUGCAGAAGCAAGUUGCCAACGUGGAGCAGGAGUUGGUCGCGUUGAGCGCCAAUCUGCAGCAGCUGGACAGCUUUUCCGCGCAGGUCCAGGAGCAGCUGAAACAGGUGGAGCUGGAGUGCCGGAACUUCGAGAACUUGCAGAAGCAGAUUGUGCAGUUUCUGGAGCGGCAGCAAACGGAGUUGGCGAACAAGAUGCAGAAGCUGCAGGAGCUGAACACCGACAUUGAGAAGCUGGAACAGAAGAUCCGGAACGCGGAGAGUGUGCGGGAAGAGUUGAAGCGCGCCGAGCUCGCGGUCUCCGAAAAGGAAAAGAGUUACAAAGAAAAACAGCAGCAAAAGGACGAGGUGGUGAGCAGCCUGGCCGACCUGCAGACCAAAGUGUUUUGGCUUGCGAAGAAUCUCCAACUCUACCGCACCCAAGCGGAUUGUGAGAAGUACAGCAACGAGCUGAAAGUCGCCGACGACUGGCGAGAGCUGCGAAAGUGCUACGAGGAGGUCGAGCUGUGGAGCCGGAAUGUCCUCCGCGAACAAGAAAGUGGAAAUAGCGGCAGAAAUAAUUAUCCUCCGGCGACCGGGACGGCCGUGACUCCGUCGUCGCCAGACCAGGUGGAGGUUAAGAUGGAAGAACAACAGCAAAAUAGUGCUUUGUUCCACCCGAAUAACUCGUCUAGCGGCUCAGAUUUCUCCCCGACGCCCGUGAGGAGCGGCAACGCCGCGGCCGCAUCGUCCUCGAGCAACGUCGCCGGUGGUGGUCACAAUGAUAUCAAUUUGGCCAAUCUCGGUGACAGCUACCUGCCGCAGCCCGUGGCGCAGAUUUUCCAGCAGCUACGGCAACAAAACCACCAGGCAUCGUCUUCAUCAUCUGCCAGUGAACAAAUAGGAAAUCUUCAAAACGCGCCCCCCAGCAGUAUGAAGACGGCGAUGCAACAGUUGACAGAGACCGAGCACCAGCUGGCGCAGCAACUCCAGGUGAAAACCGAGCAGGCGAUCAAUGACCGGGGGAAGAUCCAGGGAAGCUUGCACCAGAUCGGUGUGGAGAUGCUGGACGCACAGAGGAAUUUAUCGUAAGGAAAAAUCCCCCCUCCCCAUAUUGAAAACGCAUCCGUCUGAAAAUUUGUGAUGCGCAUUUGUGACCUCAAAUCCUGUCUGUCUUGCAAGAAGGCAUGUCCAAAGAGCGCCCCGCAUUUUGCAGGCCGUUUGUGAUGCUGCUGGGCUUAGAGCAUACACGUUUGCCAUGCUAGGCACCUACGUCAAAACCUCUCGACUGAGGCUUGGCAUACGCCUGCAGUCCUGUACUGCAAGACAGCUGCGAUUUGUGUACGGAAAUCCAGCAUCAGAAACUUCGUUGCGAUAUGGGGAGGGGGGAUUUUUCAUUUUGAUACAAUUUGGAUUCCAGCCUGUACCAGGACAUUGACGAGCGGUACCGGAAAGCCAUCAUCGAGGAGCAGAGCGUGAAAACCGCGGCCCAGGACUGCCAAAAGUACUUCAACAGCCUGGACGUGGCUCUGAUGAAGUUUCACCAGGAAAAGAUGAUGGAAAUCAACUUCACCAUGCGGAGCCUGUGGCAGGAAAUCUACAAGGGAAAGGAUAUCGAGUACGUGCAGAUCCGCUCCGACGCCGAGGACGCGACGGGAGCUGCGGCAAACAACCUGAAUAGUGACCCCUUGCAGCUGAACGAAGGCGUCGCGAAUAGUAAUCCUGUACAAGCUGCGCAGGUGAAGCGGGGCGGGGCGGGCAGUCGGUCCUACAACUACCGCCUCGUGAUGAUGCUGGCCAACGGUACGGAGCUGGACAUGCGGGGCCGGUGCUCCGCGGGACAGAAGGUGCUCGCCAGUCUGAUCACGCGACUCGCACUGGCGGAUUCCUUCGGGUGUCAGUGCGGGAUUUUGGCGCUGGACGAGCCCACGACCAAUCUGGACGAGAAAAACAUCGAGGCGCUGGCGGAAGCGCUGGGCUCUUUGAUCGAAACCCGCCGGGACCACAGUGGGUUCCAGCUCAUGAUCAUCACGCACGACGAAACCUUCGUGCAGAUGCUGUCGCGGAAACAGGUGUGCGAACGCUACUGGCGGGUGUCGAAAGACCCAAAGAAGGGAACCAGUAUCAUCACGCAGCACAUGAUCAACACCAUUGACAAUAGCUGAUUGGUACAGGCAGGUGACCAAGUUGCCGACGGCGCGCUAUCGACCGUCAGAAGCGAUCGGGUGCGUUAUUUCCGUUCUUCACGCGCAAGCAGUGCGACAGGAGGCACAGACAAUCAUCGGAACUCUUAUUCUAGCGACUGUUAUGAAAUGAUUUGAACAAGCUGUAUGAAAGCAAGGAUUCAUUUGAGUAGAGCACCUCGCUUGUUUGCACGCAAGUGGUACUAGAUCUGAGAUGUGCUGUGUUCCUAUUGUGCGAGAUGAGUCAACACGGUUGUUCAGGACAAGUGCGCC